AUGAUCGAGUCCAUCCACUCCGACCACGACCACGAACCCGAACCGUCAUCACCAACAUCAGCUAUUACACCAACCCAACCCUUACCUCCUCAGCAACUACCACCCUCGGAGGAACCCCUCUUCAUUCACCCCGACCCCUUCCGCCCCAACAGCUUCUUCCUCGGCCGCACCGAUGAGCUCCGCGGCCUCCACGAGAUGCUCCAAGACCGGAAACGCCGCUCAGAGGGAACCUCCGCUGUCCUCAUCUCGUGCCUCCCCGGCGGAGGCAAAACCCACCUCGCCCGCCAAUAUGUCUUUACCCACCUCCUCGACUACCCCGGUGGCAUCUUCUGGAUACGCGCCAAAUCAAAGCAAGAGAUUGAACAGAUGUUUUGGCGGAUAGCCAAGACUAACUCCCUUGUCUCCCUGAAUACAACUACAAGGGAGGUUGUCUCGGCAGUCAAGGCCUGGCUGUCAAACAGACGUGACUGGCUGAUGGUCUUUGACGGUGUCCAGUUCGAUAUGGACGGGCUGGGGGAUUUCAUACCUGACGGGAGGAACACCUCGUUGAUUUAUACUAGCACUGAAAGAGCGGUGGCGUCAGAGCCGAGGUGGGAUAAUCCGCAGGUUAUUCACCUGGGGUUGUUGACGCCUAAUCAGGCGAGGGAGCUGCUGCUUUUGGAAAUGGAACGCAAACCGCCUUUUAGCCAGGAGGAGUUGGCUUUGGGGUUGGAGUUGGUGAAUGCCAUGGGAAGGCUGCCGCUGAUGAUUCACGUAGCGGCGCAGCAUAUCAAGGCUACGAGAGAGCCGUUGGGGCGGUACCUGGCUAGUUUCAAGAGCGGGAGGAAUGGGCUGGGGGGGUUGCAGGCUUACCAGGCGGUGGUGAGGCAGUUGGAGACGAGAGGGGAGAACGCGAGCUUGAAUUUGAUUAGUUUGUUGUGUUUUUGGGAUCAGCAUGUUCCGGUGGAGAUGGUGGGGUUGGGGAUUGGGAUGGGGGCGUUGGGGGAUAAGGUUACGCCGGUGAAGACGAGGGAUAGGGUGAGGGGGGGUGCGCCGAGUUUGGGGAAUACGAUGAGGGUGCUGAUUGCGUUUGGGUUGGUGGAGAGGAAUGAGGUUGCGGGGGAGUUCUAUGUGGAGAGUUCGGGGGGAAGUACGGGGGGAAGAAGCUCCUCGCGGCAGAGUGGUAGUGGUGAGCCAAGUUUGGACAUUCUCAGGAUUCACAGCGUGGUUCAGGCUUUCUUUAUGGAGAGCUUGCAUCAGAGGAGGGAGGCGCAUUUUUGGCUGGAGAGGUCUACAGCGAUCUGGUGUAAGAGUUAUGAUGAGGCUGACUGGAGGAUUAACUGCGGGUACGAGGGGCACGGUGGGUUUGAUGGGGGAAGGAGGAGAAAGAUUGGGAGGCUGCCGGAUGACUAUCGGAGGUAUUGCGUCCAUGGCGAGAAGCUGUUGAAGAAUGUCAAGAGGUUUGAGAAGAGCCGGAGAUAUCCAAAACCGAAUGGGAUGGACAAGGCAAGGGGACAGUUGGAAGAGAGGCUGGCAAGGAUUCGUUGGCAGAUUGAGCAGGUGAAUGUUCGGAGUGGUGAGCAUGCCUCGGAGGACGACGAUGACGAGGAGCCUGUCAGCGUCUUCGACCGCGUCCGGUAUGGCAGUGGGACAGAGUCGCAGAGCGACGGGACUAUCCAGAGUGGUGAGAGCCAGAACAGCUGGGAAGCUGAGUUGCGAAGCCCUGGAUUCGAGGAGAUGAACCCCAUGGAAUUUCCCGUUACCCAACUGCUGGAGGAAGACGACGAAGAUCAAGGGGCGCCAUACCCCAGCAUGGCUUCCAUGCCCGACAUGCCAGAAAUAAACCUUCCGGACCCAACGAGCAGCGACGAAGAGGACAGAGCAACAGUGGUCCCGCCGUUUCCCACCAUCAUGCCUUCAACCACAACAACCGUCGAUGCCGCCGGCUUCUUUGCGAAAACCAAGAAUCCCUCUUUUGAGGACCAUGCUAGGCCAAGUUCCUGGCGCGACAAAACCGUCCUCGCCAAUGCACGCGUAGCGCUCACCAACGAAGUCGCCCGGGCUUCCCUCCUAACCAGACGUGGUCCAUCCCAGUCACGAUGUCCCAUCCCCAGAAGCGACUAUCUCACAGCCAGAAGCGACGCUGAGCAGUCCCUCAACAAGAUCAAGCUCUCCACACCACCUCCACCGUCUGUCGUCCCGCCUCCUGACCCAGCCCCAUCUCGACCCAAAACAUUAACUCUCCUGGGCCGCAACAGUUAUUCCCUCCCACAAGCCCAAAAGACACCAGCCCCCGACUCCGAGGCCUUAGGGUCGGAUUUCUCCACAGGUCUCAGCAAAAUGCUGUCCGACUCCAAGACCUGGACAGCGGCAACGGUGAAGAAACUGCUUUCGCCGUCAAGUUCACCACGCUCCUCCCUAUCAAAGUCAGCCCCCGCUCAAGAACGAGCAAUUGCCCGACCGCCAGCACCCAUAUUCAGGGGAAGUGGAGACAGGGGUACCCGAUCAGCAAACUCAAGCCCGGCGCACACCACCUCGCCUUUUCGACCACCGCCACCAAUCAAUGUGAGAAGGUGGGAGACUGAGGUGGACCACGUUAAUGACAGGAUGUCACUCUCCUAUCCCUCCAUCAACCUCCCUUCUCGACCACAAGGCUCGCCUCGGCGGUCAAAUUUGAGUGUUGCCUCUUCGCCCACUCCUUCUACGUCGCCAAAGUUGACGACAGCUACGCCUACCAUCCCAAGGAAUUCCCCUGCUCUGGUCAUGCCAGUGCCUAACUCAUCUUUCCCCCCGCCGCCUACACUUCCAAGCAGCUCACGAGGAAGUGUUUCACGAUAUCGGGCUGUGAGUGGGACAGGCAGGGGAACGCCGUCACCACUGUCGACUUCGCCACCAAGAGCAGCAGCAGGAAUUAGGGUUGGCAACGGGCAAAUCGUUUCUUUUGGGAAUACUAACAGGAGCCGGUCUUCAAGCCCUGCUACGACAGUGAGAGGUGAGAGGGGUAGGAGGAGCUGGGACUCGAGGAUGAGUUUGGAGAGUGUGGAUGAUGUCGAGGGGGGUGGGGAGUCAGGGUUGGGGGAUAGUGAAUAA